AUUUUGGCCUACAGUGGAAAACUUAGCAAAAAAGCCUGAAUGAAAACCAAAACAAAAAGCGAAAACCCCAUCCCAAAAUUCACAGACUCACACUCUACCUCUCUUUUCCGCUUUACUGCUUCACCUUCCCCAAAGGAGGAGAGAGGGCGAGGGACUGCGCUGCACGUCGGCGCAUAUUCUCGCGGUUAUCUCUCCUUUUCAACCUCCCUAAUCCUUCACAUGGACUGAUUCUUCUUCUGUUGUGUUAAUUUAUCCAUGGGUGGUGACUACAAUAAAUUGGGGUCAACGAAUUGCAGAUAGUGAAGCCACAUUCUGAUUUGGAGUCUCUGCAAUUCGACUGUGCCCUAGAAUUCGUGUGAUUUUGGAUUGCUUUUUUGUGCUUCUGUGUCUCACUCUGGCGGACCUCAGAGGAACUCUAGCGUUCCUGCUGUCGCCGAUUCCUUCCGGCCGUUGCGAUUUCAAAUCGAGGAGGAGAAAGCACAGGUUCUUCCAGAGCGGCCCCAAAAUGCUAUGGAUAAUGAGGUUUUCCGGAUUCUUUUCGGCGGCGAUGGUGAUGAUUGUGCUCUCCCCUUCGUUCCAGUCCUUCCCGCCGGCGGAGGCGAUUCGUUCCUCGCACACCGAUUCGGUGCUCAGAUUCUCCACGCCGACGCAUUCCGGCGACAAAUUCUCCUUCCGCCGCGCGCCGGCGUUCCGCAAUGGCGGGGAGUGCCGUUCGCCGAAGGCGGAGAAUUAUAGCGUCUGCGAUCCGUCGCUUGUCCACGUGGCGAUCACGCUCGACGUCGAGUAUCUGCGCGGCUCCGUCGCCGCCGUUCAUUCGGUUCUUCAGCAUACCAAGUGCCCGGAGAGUGUGUUUUUCCAUUUCCUAGUGCCGGAAAUUGGUUUCCAGAGUCUGGUCCGAUCUACGUUCCCGGAAUUGAAGUUCAAGGUGUAUUACUUCGAUCCGGAGAGAGUGCGGAAUCUCAUCUCCAGCUCCGUCAGGCAAGCGCUCGAACAGCCGCUCAAUUACGCCCGAAAUUACCUUGCAGAUCUGCUUGAAACAUGCGUCACACGAGUGAUCUACCUAGAUUCGGAUCUCGUCGUCGUCGACGACAUUUCGAAGCUCUGGAGCACGAAAUUGGGGCGGAAAACGAUCGGCGCGCCGGAAUACUGCCACGCCAAUUUCACAAAAUACUUCACCUCGCAUUUCUGGUCGAAUAGUCGCUUCUCCGGCGUGUUCUCCGGCCGCAGCCCGUGCUACUUCAACACCGGCGUGAUGGUGAUGGAUCUGGGGAAGUGGAGGCGGUUCGGGUACACGCGCCGCAUAGAGCGGUGGAUGGAGGUGCAGAAGACGAGCGCGAGCCGCAUUUACGAGCUCGGCUCACUGCCGCCGUUCCUGCUGGUGUUCGCCGGACACGUAGCGCCGAUCGAGCACAGGUGGAAUCAGCACGGAUUGGGCGGCGACAACGUGCGCGGCAGCUGCAGGGACCUCCACCCCGGCCCAGUCAGCCUGCUGCACUGGAGCGGCAGCGGUAAGCCGUGGCUUCGGCUCGACUCCAAGCAGCCAUGUCCUCUCGACUCCUUGUGGUCGCCCUACGAUCUGUACGGCCAUUCGACAUAAGAUAUUUUUUUCGUUGCCGCCCACUUUGUAACAGAGCUCUUUCUCCGCCGGUAAAUUCCUUGAGCGACACCUUUUUUUUAUCUUUUUCUCGUUUCUUUGCUACAUUUUCCCAUUUUAUUUCCUUAUUCAAUUAUAAUCUUGGCUUCAAUUCAACCAUUAAUUUCUUAAACAUGUUUUUGUUAGAUGAUUAACUGUUCUGAAUCUGAUCGAUUUGUGUUUUGUUGUAUAUUAUCUACUCGGAUUUUACUCCUUGCGAUGUUACAGUUGUAUUGUAUGGUAGUGUUUACUCCUCUUCCAUUUUAA